AUGGCGCCGCUGUACACGGCGGCGGCGCUGGGCUACGCGUCGGUGCGGUGGCUCAAGGCCUUCUCCGAGGAGCAGUGCGCGGGGAUCAACCGCUUCGUGGCCACCUACGCCCUGCCGGCGCUCAUCUUCGACAUGGUCUCCACCAACGACCCCUACGCCAUGAACGCCCGCCUCGUGGCCGCCGACACGCUACAGAAAGGGGUCAUGCUGCUCGGCCUCGUGGCGUGGGCGGCGUGGUCAUCCCUCCGCCGCCGCGGGACAUCCGCCGGCAACGGCAAGGUUGCGGCCUCGCCGCUGCAGUGGGUGGUGACCGCCUUCUCCAUGACGCAGCUGCCCAGCACCAUCAUCAUGGGCGUGCCGAUCCUCGGCGCCCUGUACGGGCCCACGUCCAAGGACCUCAUGAAACAGAUCGUCGUGAUGCAGCUCUGCGUUUGGUACAACGUCAUCAUCUUCAUGUACGAGUACAUGGCGGCCAUGGAUGGCAGCAACAAGGUCGGCCCCGCCCCAGCGUCGCCGGAGAACGUUGGGAGCACGGAGGUCGCGGCCGCACAACCAGGCAUGGCCGUGGCCAGCCAGACAACGUCGACGGCGGUCGUGGGAGAGGUGACUCCGACUCAUGGUGCAGAUGCCGAGGUCGCGCAGGCAGAGGAUCUGGCGCUGCCGGCACCUCCAUCGAUGAGCCAUGUCGCUUUUGUGACAGGGAAAAAGGUUCUCAAGAUCCCAAACACAUAUGCUGCCUUCCUUUCAGAGUAA